GAGGGGCAGGCACCGAACACAUCUGCACAGCACAGCACAGCACACACGUCUUGCUGCUGUUACUACUACUACUACUACUACUACUACUACUACUACUACAAUUACAAUGGCCUCGACGAAUGACAGCCGCUACACCCUCUCCGCCCACCCCUUCAACUACUCCCUCUCACCCACCACCAACCUUCCCACCCCACUCCACGACACCCCGCCGCCCUCCCCAGGCUACCGACACAUCGCUCGUCCACCCACCCCUGGCGGCGGGCCCUUGAACUCCCACCCUACCACUCCCGACGACGCCGCCGGCUUCUUCCCACCCACACCGGACACUCACCGGCAAGGCAAGGCUCAACAAUCAUCCCCUCACCUCACCACCAACGCCUACCACCAGCACAAGCAGCCAGAGCACGUCUUCCGCGUCCCCAUCUCCCCCGCUUCAGCCACAGCCCCAAGCAGUCAAACAACAACGACCACAUCCUCCCCCGAACCCCUUCAACGUCGACCCUCAACCGGCGUCCGCAGACUCCUCAGCAUCAGCAGCCUGCGCUCCUCUUUCGGCAGCUCUCGCACCUCGCUGAGCCUACCCCGACGGCAAUCCAACGACACGACCCACACCAUCAACACUCAAGCGUCAGGUUACUUAUACAUCAACGGCAACGGUAGUAAUGGGAACAGCCUCAAACGCCCCUCCUCCCCAAGCGUGGCAUCCUCUUACUCCACGUACCAACCAUCCGCCAUAGCUUCAGAAGCGCCCGCUCCUCGCCCACAGCUCCGCUCCCGCAAAUCCGGUUCUUGGUUCAGGCGGAAGAGCGGGUUGUUCAUGCUCAACAACAGCGCCCCCACCACCACCACCAACGAUGAGAACACACAGGAGGAAGAAGCAGCACCAACACCACCACCAGCAGAUAGGCGAGGAAGCGGCAUGUCAGGCAUGCUAUUGAAAUCCGUGGACGAAUCUACUCACCAGCAGCAGCAGCAGCUGUAUCGCCCCGAGACGCGCGAGAGCAAGCGGCUGAAAGAAGAUGACUUCGACUACAACCACCCCUGUCAUAUCGUACAGCAAGUACAGCAAGUACAGCCCUCGCCCUCCCCACCUAUGCUGCCGGAGAUUGGGGCGUUGGGGGGAGGGAAGCUGGACGGAGGGGAGUUGGGGUGGGAUGAGGGGUUUUUUGCGCGGUAGUAUUGUGGGUUUGCUGGGCGAAUAUGACGAAUUUCUUGGGCUGACAAGAGCAUGCCUUGGCGUUUGAGAAGCCGUAAUGGCUGGUCUUUGAGCGAAUGCAACCCUUUUG